AUGACAAAAGGUGCCACCAUCGUCGAAAUGCAUAUGAAAAACCGGGGAAUCGAAGCCCCAAGAGUUGCCUCUAGCAUCGAGCUGAGAGAUCGCAAUAGACAUUUAGAUUAUUUAAAAGAUAUUUUAGAAGAUAAAAUGGAGCGCGAAGCUUCCCUUGAGAAUUUUUCAAUUGCACAAGAUGCAUUUUUAGAUAGGAUUUUAAGAGCUUUAAAAUUUGUACCUAACUUCGACGGAAGUGCGUGUAAUUUAACUAGAUUUUUGAAUUUGUGUGACACUUUAGUAGUCACUUAUGCCAAGCCAAGUCCGGGUAAUGAUGUUACGAAUUUAGCAUUAAUUAAUGGAAUAAUUAAUAAAAUAACUGGCGCUGCCGCCAGAGCCCUAUCAACAAAUGGGGCCCCUCAAAAUUGGAGUGGCAUAAGAAGCACUCUAAUUAAUAGCUUCUCAGAUCACAGAGAUGAGUCUACUCUUUAUACUGAUUUGUCGCAAUUAACUCAAGGAUCAGAUAGCCCACAUAUAUUUUAUGAGCGUAUACAAAAUUUAUUGAGUACAAUCAUUACAUAUGUAGAAAUUCAUGAUAAAAUAGACACAACUAUUCAGGCUAAACGUAAUUUAUACAAUAGCCUCGCGUUAAAAACGUAUCUAAAAGGUUUGGAGGAACCUCUGGGCUCACGCAUACGAUGUAUGAGACCAGAAACAUUAGAAGUGGCGUUGCAAUAUGCAAAAGACGAGAUGAACAUAAUUUACUUGCAAAACAAAAAUACGAAGAGACAAAAUUUUACACCUCAAAUAUCCAGCUCGCCUACUCUAAAACCUUAUAGAUACGAUAUUAAUCCACAGUAUCAAAAACCUUUUAACUUGCCAAGAUUAAAUAAUGGUCAACAUUUUAAUAACAAUUCAUAUAAGCCUCAUAUGUACCAUCAGCAAGGUCCUUCAAGGAUCCAACAAAUGUUUAAAGCUUUGCCAAGGUCGAAUAUGUCUACAGGAUUUAGAAUUCCACCCCGUCAACCAAUGCCUAUGAAAAAUAACCCUCAACCCAUGAGUGGUAUUAGUCACCCUGUUGCUCGAGUUUUACCACCUACUCAGACUGGACAUGACUGGAGGAUUCAUGGUAAUCCACCCCCUAACAAUUACUUUAAAACUCGACAGAUUAAUAAUAACGAAUUAAAUGACCCUUAUCUCUAUAGCGACUAUGACUAUGACAAUGACGAAUAUCCAUGUGACUUUCAACAAUAUGACCCUAACUACUUACCAUAUGACUGUUCAACAGCCGACGAAUAUAAUAUACAAGCCGUCGGAAAUAUCUGCGAACCUCGCUGGAAUGCGCUUCCCCUGGCGCUUCCCCGCACCCCGCCCCGUUUUCGCCUAUCCAGUACCGUUGCCAACGCAAUCGCCGACGCACGUGUAUUAUUCUUGCUUUCGUAA